GUUUGUGAGAGAAUUCCGCGUCAUAUUUUAGAGACAAUGUAUGGAAUUAAUCUUCCUAAAUCACAAAAUACUCAAGCAACUGAUAGUUCCAACCCUAUCCUGACUCCACAUGAAUUAUUAGCUGCUCAUGCAUUUAUGCAUGGUUUUAUGACAGCUAAAGGAAAUCCAAACUAUGAUCGUUCUGCAAGAAUCAUUUUAAAAGAUUAUGUAAAGGGUCAACUUUUGUACUGUCAUCCUCCUCCAAACACAAUUAAUCCUAUUGAUUUUCAAUCACUUGGACGAAAUGACGGCUUGCCCUGUGGAGUUGGUUAUUUUCUUGAUCAGUCUAAAGCUGAAAGAUUUCUUGAACGGUUAGGUAAAAAGCAGAAGGAAGCAUCCAAUAACUGUGUUGAUGAAGUUAUCACCGAAUUUGAUCGAUUGGCGUUUAAACAGGAUCAACAUCCACGUGAACUUAUCAAAUCUCAUAAGCGAAUGCCUGUUCUCCGUUCUAAUAUAGAAAAGUCAAAUAUCAAUGAUGAAAUAUCAUCAAAUGCAUCUUGGAGUACUGUCGGCUCAAUUGAAACUGUUAGCAAUUUGUCAUGUAUCAGUAGUGGAACAACACCAUUCAUUUUAGAAGAUGGUACAGUUAAAAAACCUUGGCGUUUAUUAAGUCACGCUAAACGCUUGAAUUCAAUACAUCCAACAAUAGUAUCAAAUCAAACAGAAGCUGUAAAACAUGUAACAAAUCGUAAAAAACGCAAAGAGAAACUUCGUCGAGUUUAUCGUUAUUUAGAUGAACAUGAAAGGACAUGAAAAAGAAAACUAUUUUCUACUUCAAAUGCAUCCUAAAAAAUCAAACGAUAAAUUAUUAGCAAUCCUAUGUAUAUUUGACUACUUUUUAUCUGAAUACCUUAUAAAUAAAUAUUUUUUUGAUGAUAA